CAAAUGAGCUCCAUCUAGUGGAUUCAAAGCUAAACUGCAUCACAUAAUCUGUGGCUGUGUGUUUUCUGGUCACACUUCAGACUGAUCUGAUGACACGGAUCUGUUUAAGAAGUUUUGAGGACAAGAGUUUUGGGUUAAAUGAGUCACAGGACUGAUUGGAAAGAAUAAGCAUAAUCUUUACUGUCGCUGUUUCCUCUCUAGAGAAGUUGGGAAGUUUCUGUCACUCAAGAUGAGACGCUGAAACUCAUUAAGCAUCAUGCAAAGUAAAAGUGUACUUUCUACUAUGAGUCAACCUGAGGAGAGAGAGGGGGGGUUCCCACCCUCAAACAUCACUGUGCGUGGGGAACAUGAGAACUGGACUGAACCUCAGAGGUUCGGGCAGCACAGGACAAGAGGUGUCUCCAAGAGGCGUGCCUCGUCUAUGGAACUCCCUGUGACCUUUGAUCAGCGAGAUUCUUUUUCAUGGUUUGUGCCGCAGAGUACAGGAGAUGUCUCCAAGAGGCGUGCCUCGUCUAUGGAAUUUCCUAUAACUUUUAAGCAGCAAGAUUCUUUUUCACGAGUUCAUCAGGAGAGAUCAAAGGUCCCUUGUGGUCAUCAAACACAGCUGGACUCCAUAUUUAUACGUAUCAAGGAGGAGAUCAACAUUUUUGUAACAAAUAAGCUGGACACUUUCAAAAGGAUUCUGAGUCCAGAUCACCCAAAAUGCCUAAAGGAGCAAAGAGGGGAUGAGGAGGAAGAGCAGAGGAGAUGCAGCAGACAGCCAUUUUUUAACUUCACAUUGCACUUCUUGAGGAGCAUGAACCUGGGGGUGCUGGCAGACGCUCUACAGAGGAGAUCGCUUGCUGCUGCGUGCCAAAAUCAACUCAAAUCUAAUCUGAAGAAGAAGUUCCAGUGUGUAUUUGAGGGGAUCGCUAAAGCAGGAAACCCAGCCCUUCUGAAUCAGAUCUACACAGAGCUCUACAUCACAGAGGGAGGGACUGCAGAGGUCAAUGAUGAACAUGAGGUCAGACAGAUUGAAACAGCAUCCAGGAAACCCGACAGACCAGAAACAACCAUCAGACAAGAAGACAUCUUUAAAGCCUCACCUGGAAGAGAUGAACCAAUCAGAACAGUGGUGACAAAUGGAGUGGCUGGCAUUGGGAAAACAGUCUUAACACAGAAGUUCACUCUGGACUGGGCUGAAGACAAAGCCAACCAGGACAUACUGUUCACAUUUCCAUUCACUUUCAGAGAGUUGAAUGUGCUGAAAGAAAAAAAAUUCAGCUUGGUGGAACUUGUUCAUCACUUCUUUGCUGAAACCAAAGAAGCAGGAAUCUGCAGGUUUGAAGAGUUCCAGGUUGUGUUCAUCCUUGACAGUCUGGAUGAGUGUCGACUUCCUCUGGACUUCCACAACAAUGAGAUCCUGACUGAUGUUACAGAGUCCACCUCAGUGGAUGUGCUGCUGACAAACCUCAUCAGGGGGAAACUGCUUCCCUCUGCUCGCCUCUGGAUAACCACACGGCCUGCAGCAGCCAAUCAGAUCCCUCCUGAGUGUGUUGACAUGGUGACAGAGAUCAGAGGGUUCACUGACCCACAGAAGGAGAAGUACUUCAGGAAGAGAUUCAGAGAUGAAAAGCGGGCUAGCAGAAUCAUCUCUCACAUCAAGAGAUCACGAAGCCUCCACAUCAUGUGCCACAUCCCAGUCUUCUGCUGGAUCACUGCUACAGUUCUGGAGGAUGUGAUGAAGAGCAGAGAGGGAGGAGAGCUGCCCAAGACCCUGACUGAGCUGUACAUCCACUUCCUGGUGGUUCAGACCAAAGUGAAGAACAUCAAGUAUGAUGGAGGAGCUGAGACAGAUCAUCACUGGAGUCCAGAGAGCAGGAAGAUGAUUGAGUCUCUGGGAAAACUGGCUUUUGAUCAGCUGCAGAAAGGCAACCUGAUCUUCUAUGAAUCAGACCUGACAGAGUGUGGCAUCGAUAUCAGAGCAGCCUCAGUGUACUCAGGAGUGUUCACACAGAUCUUUAAAGAGGAGAGAGGACUGUACCAGGACAAGCUGUUCUGCUUCGUCCAUCUGAGUGUUCAGGAGUUUCUAGCUGCUCUUCAUGUCCAUCUGACCUUCAUCAACUCUGGAGUCAACCUGAUGGCAGAAGAACAAACAACUUCCUUGUGGUCUAAAUUGUUCAGAGGCAGACCUGAACAUUUCUACCAGAGUGCUGUGGACAAGGCCUUACAGAGUCCAAAUGGACACCUGGACCUGUUCCUCCGCUUCCUCCUGGGUCUUUCACAACCAACCAAUCAGUCUCUUCUACGAGGUCUGGUGACACAGACAGGAAGCAGUUUACAAUCCAAUCAGAAAACAGUCCAGUUCAUCAAGAAGAAGAUCAGUGAGAAUCUGUCUGCAGAGAGAAGCAUCAAUCUGUUCCACUGUCUUAAUGAACUGAAGGAUGGUUGCCUAGUGGAGGAGAUCCAACAGUACCUGUAUUCAGAAAAUCUGUCCACAGAUAAUCUUUCCCCUGCUCAGUGGUCAGCUCUAAUCCUCCUUUUGCUGUCAUCAGAAGAAGAGCCAGGCAUGUUUGACCUGAGGAAAUACUCACCUUCAGAGGAGGCUCUUCUGAGGCUGUUGCCCGUGGUCAAAGCCUCCAACAAAUCUAUGUUAAAUUCAUGCAAUCUGUCAGAGAGAAGCUGUGAAGACCUGUCUUUAGUUCUGAGCUCUCCGUCCUCCAGUCUGAGGGAGCUGGACCUGAGUAACAACAACCUGCGGGACUCAGGGGUGAAGCUGCUCUGUGUUGGACUGGAGAGUCCAAAUUGUAGACUGGAAGUUCUCAGGCUGUCAGGCUGUCUUAUCACAAAGACAGGCUGUGCCUCUCUGGCCUCUGCCUUGAGAUCCAACCCCUACCAUCUGAGAGAGCUGGACCUGAGCUACAAUCAUCUAGAAGACUCAGGAAUGAAGAUGCUUUCCAGUUUAAAGGAUGAUCCACGCUUGAGCCUGGAAACUCUCAGGGUGGACCAUGGUGGAAGGCAAAUGUUGAAAACUGGUCUGAGAAAGUAUGCCUGUGAACUCAGACUGGAUCCAAACACAGCACACAGAAAACUCAGACUCUCUCACGACUACAAGAACGUGACAGCGGGCAGUGAGAUGCGGGGAAACCGUGAUCAUCCAGAGAGAUUUGACUACUGGAGACAGCUGCUGUGUGCCAGUGGUCUGACUGGUUGCUGUUACUGGGAGGUUGAGUGGAGAGGAAAGGUUCAUAUCGCAGUGGCGUACAAAGAAAUCAGAAGGAAAGGAGACAGUGACGACUGCUGUCUUGGAAAAAAUGAUCAGUCCUGGAGUCUGAAGUGCUCUGGUAGUGCUUACUCUGCCCUGCACAGUAACCAAAGCGUGUCCAUCCACAUCCCACCUUUAAAUAGAGUGGGAGUGUACCUGGACUGGCCUGGUGGUACUGUGUCCUUCUAUAAUGCGAUCUGUGGAGAGCUGACCCAUCUCCACACCUUCCAUGCCAGAUUCACCGAGCCAGUCUAUCCUGCCUUCAGGGUUAAGAUCGGGCUGUUCAGCUCAUCAGUGUCUUUGUGCCAGAUAUAGUGUAGUGUACUGGGCAGAGACAUGUUCUGCUUGAACAGGUGCUUCUACAAAAAUGUGUAAAAUCAAUUAAUUAUCCUGGCAAGUCAACUUACCUCUCAUGAAGAAGUGAGGUGGUCAGGGUUCCAAAUAGAAAGAUGUCUCAUUGCUGGUCUAAAGGGAUGAGAUGGUGAGAAGCUGGGCAGGAGGGAAGGCCAAUGUGUGGGGGCUAAACUGAUGGCUGGUUGUGUCAAGCAGGUUGAAAGCGAGGCUGAGCUGAACAGAGAGUAGGAGCAGGUCCAGAGUGGAAUCCAGCGAGUAGCUGAGUUGAGCUGGUGUCAGAGGCAGGAGAACAGGGCUGACAAGACGAAGGGCUGGAGACAGGAGCCGAAGCAGAGCAGAUGGGACUGAUGAGGAAAUUAGAAAACUGUUUUUAAGGUGAGAGGGUUGCUGAUGGUUAAAGCUUUAACACUAAGAUUUGAGGCACAUGAAAUAUGUGAAAAAUCACCGUCAGUGUGGUAAAUUUCCCCAAAAAAUGCUGGUGAAAGUUAUCAUGAUCCAGACAGAUAUACAUUUCUAGAUGUGUGUUGAGCCAUUGAACCACUUGGAUGGGGGAAGCCUUGAGAUGGUGAUCACCCUUAAUUUAUUAAGCUGUCGUGGUCACUUAGGUUCAGGCAAGGUUGCUAAACAAAUUUUUUUAAAACAAGGAAUAGAUGCAUACAAACUUAUAAUUAUAAUUCAAACACCUGUAAUAUUGCAUUGACAUCUAUAGGAUCCUCAGUUUUCUAUCCUCAACAAAGGGGCACAUACUUGACAUUUUUGUGAAGUGCCCAUAUAUGUCGGUCUGGUCUGUUGACAUAUGCAGCUAGUUGGCGGCAGGAAUGUCAGAUGAGUGAUUAAAGUCAGUGAAUGCUCGCAGUUUGCUUAUCUUGAUUGAUAAAAUGGUGUGGGAAGCCUGUGUAUGGCUCAUUUCUUAAAAGAGAAUCAGACUGAGCUUCACUGGACAGCCUGCGUGCACAUGUAAGGACUAUGACUAGACAUACAACAAAAACCAGGGCAACAAAUGUGAUCUGUGUGUGUAUAUAUAUGUCAACGCAUCAUUCGAGAUCAACACACAUUUUAGAUGGAAAUUGUAAAUUGUACUAAAAUUCAUAUGCUUGUGCAUUUCUAUUACAUUUAAUUAUAAAACAAUAUGUGUGUGUGCAUUGCUGUAUACUAGCAACUUUAUGCAUGUUGGGUCUACACAUUACCGCAGGGCAGCUGCAUUGUGUCAUGUACAUCUAUCUGUAUGUUUCCAUUUAUUGUGCAACCAGUGAAAUAAGAGUGUGCUGGUAGUCGCCUUGGUGGAAUCUGGGAUUUAACUGAGUUAACAGCUGAUCAUGUGGACUGAUGCAAAGACAUAACAAAGAAUGUACUGUCUAAAUAAAUUGUUAUGUUUCAGUGUCCACAAUAAAAUGCUGAGAAUGUUUUACUGUGCUUUAAAUAACAGUGGUAUAACCUUCUGCAUCAUCCACUGGUUUGGUAAUGCUGCAGAGGCACAAAUACUGUCACAACUGCCAGUAACCUCUUAGGAAUUAGUAUACUGAGUAUGAAAUGCAUACAAAGAGACAGAAUGAUGACAAAGACAAACAACAUUUUGGGUGACCAGAGGCACCCCCUUGACUCCUCAUUUAAUUUUUUUGCGAUCUGGGUGACGAUAAUGUUGUCUAUACACUAAAAACACAGCCAAGAAUCCACUGGUUCCAUAAGCCAUUAAGUUUUUAAACAGAUAAUAUGACUUUGUAAACUGUGGCCUAUUCCUCCCUCUCCCAAAAGAUGUCCAGCUGGUCUGGUCUGCCCCCUCCCACGGUAUUUUUAUGGGCAUGUAAAUGAGUAUGUAUCUGUAAUCUUUGUAUGUGUCUGUUGAUAAUGAUUAUCACUCCGUCACUUCUACACUGUCUUCAUUUCAGUGUCAAAUUGUAAAUCUUAUUCUGGACAUGUAUGCUACUACUGUUGUUUAUUCAAAUAUGUUGAUUUAAAAAAAAAUCAUAUUAAAAAUGUUACCAUGAACAAUAUUGUAUGGCACAUAUCCGUAUGGGGAUCAAUACAGUACUAUAAAGUAUUCAAAAGCCAUGGGUAUUGGGAGAGACUCAUCUAUUAAUAAAUAAUAAAUACAUA